AUGGUCGAGAACGAAUGCACCGCAUACUACUACGGUUGCAACAACGGCGUGACGACCACCGUCGAAGCCGUUCCUGCUGGCUAUUCCUGCUACAACAGCGCGUUUAUCCCCAUGUCUCUCUGCCAGAAGUUCACUUUCGGCAGCUGCGAUUUCUGCCGCGUGCGCUGCGUGAACAACAACGGCCUCUUCGAGGACGCAAAGUGCACCAGCUACUAUGUGUCCUGCGUGGAUGGCGUUACUUCGGGCAUCCAGGAAACUCCCAGCAACUACCAGUGCUUCCGCGAUUCGAUCAUUCCCUCCGGAUUCUGCCCUGUCGAUCCUGAUUGUCCCGAGUGUCCUCGUGGUCCUACCGGAGCUACGGGUCCCACGGGUCCUGCAGGUCCCAUGGGAGCGCGUGGAAUCCGAGGAGUUCCCGGUCAUAAGGGUAUUCAAGGUCCUAUGGGAGAGCACGGUCCGAGCGGUGAGCCGGGAGCCACCGGUGAGCCGGGAGCCACGGGUCCCACGGGUCCGACCGGUCCUACGGGUAUUACGGGAAGUCAGGGAGUGGCUGGAUCGCCCGGUCCGCAGGGUCCGCAGGGUCCCACGGGACCGACCGGAGAGCCGGGCUUGCGGGGACCACGCGGCUUUGUGGGACGGACUGGACCGACUGGACCGAGAGGACCGAUGGGACCGAUGGGACCGACCGGAGCGACGGGACCGACUGGACCGACUGGACCGACUGGAUUGUCCGCUGUGGACUUCGCCAUGCAGAGAAGCAACUUCACCGCGACGGGACCGACUGGACCCGCCGGAGCCACUGGAAGCACCGGAGCGACGGGACCGACUGGACCGAUUGGACCUACUGGACCCACCGGACCCACUGGAGAGCCGGGUGUUACCGGAGCGACCGGAGCGACUGGUCCGACGGGAGAGCCGGGAGCAACUGGAGCGACCGGUCCUAACUGCCCGCCCGGUCCUCGCGGACCCGUCGGACCCACUGGGCCCACUGGACCUGUCGGACCUACCGGACCCACUGGUGAGGAAGGACCCAGCGGAGAGCCUGGUGAUGUAGGAGUGCAAGGACGCAUGGGACCGCGCGGUCCUGCAGGAGCGGACGGACGGGCUGGACCUGCUGGACCGACUGGACCCUCUGGAGAGCCCGGUCCAUCUGGAGAGCCUGGUCCCAGUGGAGUGCCCGGUAUUGAAGGAGAUGUGGGAGAAAUGGGAGAGCAAGGACCCUCUGGAGAGCCUGGUCCGUCCGGAGAGCCUGGACCUACUGGACCCUCUGGUGAGCCUGGAUACACGGGAGAGCCUGGACCUACUGGACCUUCUGGAGAACCCGGAACACAAGGACCUUCUGGAGAACCCGGUCCUACUGGACCCACUGGACCGACUGGACCCUCUGGACCCUCUGGACCGAUGGGACCUUCGGGUGAUCCGGGUGUGACUGGAGAGCAGGGACCGAGCGGAGAGCCUGGACCACAAGGACCGAUGGGACCAAGCGGAGAGCCUGGAGUGACUGGAGCUACCGGUCCCGCGCCUUCUCUGCUGGCAGAACAGCGUCUCACGCAGACGAUAGAAGCCUCCAUGGCAUUGCUUCCUCGUGCUUCCAGCACGUCGUGUGCAAUUGAAGUGACGAUUCCGAGCUUCCAGUCCUUGCUUAACCUGGGUACAGUGAACAAGUAG